CAUCACUCAAAUAUUGGUGAUCCCGUUGAGAGUCUCACAUAUUUCUUCGCUAUCGAGUUUGCUACUGCAUGCGCAGUGAUACUGACCGGCAGAAUAACAUCCGGUUGUUCCCAGAGAUGAUCUUUUUUCUGAAAUAAUUUUACGUUUACGGACUUAAGUAACCCGGCCGGGUCAUACCAAAGACUAUAAAAAUGGGACCCAUUGCCUCCCUGCUUGGCACUCAGCAUUAAAAAGUCAAAAAAAAAGUCAAAGUCAGCUUUAUUGUCAAUCUCUCCACGUCACAACACACAAAGAGACCGAAAUUACGUUUUCUCUAUCCCACGGUGACGAGACAUAUUACACGAUAUCAAUACAAGUAAGCAACACAAUAUAAAAACAAGAAGGCAAAAAUUCAAACAAUAAAUAGUAAGAGUGAUGAAUAAAUGAUAAAUAAACAGAUUACACAAUAAAUAAGAGGAGCAAAAUGGAGGCAGCAAGCAUAGCGCAAAAGUACAGGACGCUACGCAGAACGGGGAAGCAUGUCAGGAUCCUAACAGCCUGGAGUAUGAAGCUCUUGUUGAGUCUGGUGGUGCGGGAGCGCAGGCCUAACCCUAACCCUAACCCUAACCCUCUUCCCAGAGGGCAGAAGAUUGAACAUAGAGUGAGCGGGGUGACUCACAUCACUCACAAUCGCGGUCACCUUGCGGGUGAGAUGGGAGAUGUAAAUGUCUUUCAAGGAGGGGAGCGAAGCACCAAUAAUGAUCUUACCAGCCGUGUUCACUAUGCGCUGCAGGGCCUUCAAGUUGUAGUCAGUGCAGCUGCCACCCCAAACAGCAAUACAGCUGGAAAGGACGCUCUCAAUGGUGCCACGGUAAAACGUAGUCAUGACGGCCGGAGGAGCGCUCGCUCGCCUGAGUUUCCGCAGGAAGUACAGGCGGCGCUGGGCCUUCUUUGCCAGUGAUGCGGUGUUGGUGGACCAGGAGAGAUCCUCACUGAUGUGCACCCCCAGGAACCUGGCGCUCCCCACUCUCUCCACCACAGCCCCGUCGAUGGUCAGCGGCAGGUGUUGGGUGUGACCCUUCCGGAAGUCAACAACAAUCUCCUUGGUCUUGUCGACGUUCAGCAGGAGGUUGUUGUCCCUGCACCACGUGGCCAGAAGGUCAACCUCCAGCCUAUACUGAGUCUCGUCUCCCUUGGUGAUGAGACCCACCAGAGUCGUGUCGUCAGCAAACAUCACUACGCUGUUGUCGCUGUAAGUUGCAGCGCAGUCAUGCGUCAGGAGGGUGAAGAGCAGCGGACUGAGCACGCAGCCUUGGGGGGCCCCCGUGCUCAGCGUGAUGCUGGCGGAGAUUUUGUCGCCCACACGUACCACCUGUGGCCUCUGACAGAGAAAGUCCAGUAGCCAGUUGCAGAGGUAGGUACUGAGGCCCAGCUUGUCAAGUUUGCUGAUGAGACGUUGUGGCACAAUGGUGUUGAAGGCAGAACUGAAGUCCACAAACAGCAAUCUCACAUACGAGUCCCUCCUCUCCAGGUAGGUGAGGGCCGAGUGGAGGGCAGAGCAGACACCGCUUGGACCGCUUGGCUCGGUACGCAAACUGGAAGGGGUCAAUGUGCUCCAUGACAAGCCGCUCAAAGCACUUCAUGAUGAUGGGCGUAAGUGCCACGGGGCGGUAGUCAUUGAACCAGGACGGAGCAGGUUUCUUCGGCACAGGUACCAUGGUGGCAGCUUUGAAACACGACGGGACGAUGGCCUGCAGGGAAGUGUUAAAGAUGUCUGUGAAGGUUGGAAUUGGGGGGUUAGAUCACCAAAUGAUUCCCGAGCGCGGCGCCGCUGCUGCUCACUGCUCCCCUCUCCCCCAACAGGACAAUGAUCCAAAACAUAAAGCCAAAUCUACAAUGGAAUGGUUCACAAAUAGACGUAUCCAGGUGUUAGAAUGGCCACUUUUCAGUUUUUUUUAUUUGUUAAAAAAGUUUAAAUUAUCCAAUAAAUUUCGUUCCACUUCGCGAUUGUGUCCCACUUAUUUUUGAUUCUUGACAAAAAAUUACAAUUUUAUAUCUUUAUGUUUGAAUCCUGAAAUGUGGGGAAAUGUUGAAAGGUUCAAGGGGGCCGAAUACUUUCCCAAGGCACUGUAUACAUAUAUCACACAACCUUCCAGUGUCAAACCCCGGCCGGGUCAUACCAAAGACUAUAAAAAUGGGACCCACUGCCUCCCUGCUUGGCACUCAGCAUUAAGGGUUGGAAUUGGGGGGUUAGAUCACCAAAUGAUUCCCGGGCGCGGCACCGCUGCUGCUCACUGCUCCCUUCGGGGAUGGGUUAAAUGCAGAGACAAAUUUCACCACACCCACGCACACACACACACACACACACACACACACACACACACACACACACACACACACACACACACACAUAUAUAUAUAUAUAUAUAUAUAUAUAUAUAUAUAUAUAUAUAUAUAUAUAUAUAUAUAUAUAUGCGCAUAUACAAGGCGCUCUCUGCAUUAUAAGGCGCACUGUGUUUUUUUGAAGACAUUUUAAGUUUUUUGAGGAAACUUUAAGUUUUUAUGUACGAACAUACGUAUGUGCGUGUGUAAUGUAUGUAUUUGAUGUAUGAAUGUAUAAUGUAUAUAAAUAUAUAUUGCUGAUUGCGAACCUCGCACACGAACUCCCCAGAUACAGACAGCACGUAACGUGUCCCACCAGAGGGGCAGAGACUCUGGACCACUGCUACACCGUGAUUAAGGAUGCAUACCACUCUGUGGCUCGUUCAGCUUUAGGACUCUCGGACCACUGUCUAGUUCAUCUGGUCCCGGCCUACAGGCAGAAACUAAAAACUUCUAAGCCUGUGGUGAGGACUGUGAGGAAGUGGACAGUGGAGUCAAGCCAGGACCUCCAAGCCUGCUUUGACUGCACUGAUUGGGGAGUUUUCGCAGCUGCAACUUCAGACCUGCAUGAACUCACUGACACUGUCACAUCAUACAUCAGUUUUUGUGAGGAUCUGUGUGUGCAGACUAAGACCUUCUGCACGUACAACAACGACAAACCUUGGUUUACACCGAACCUCAGGAGGCUGCGCAAAUUCAAGGAGGAGGCCUACAGGAGCGGCGACCGCGACCUGUUCAAGCAGACCAGAAACACACUGAACCGAGAGGUCAGGAAAGCCAGGAGGUGUUACGGGGAGAGCCUGAAGAGACACCUCUCUGCCAAUCCUGAUCCCUCAACAGUGUGGAAAGGUCUGCAGAGCAUCACGGGCUUCAAGAAACGAACGUCCUGUGGAGAGCCCAAGACGCCGCGCCCGCACUCCAGAUCCGCGAGGAGGAAGUGCGCCAGAUGUUCCGGAGACAAAAGACCAGGAAGGCACCGGGCCCAGACGGCGUUUCACCUUCCUGCUUGAAAGUCUGCGCUGAGCAGCUGGCGCCCACCUUUGCACGGAUCUUCAACCGUUCUCUGGAGCUGUGUGAGGUGCCCUCGUGCUUCAAGAGCUCCACCAUUGUUCCAGUGGCCAAGAAGCCCGCCAUCACAGGUUUGAAUGACUACAGACCUGUUGCUCUGAUGAACUCACACCACUCUUAGAGUCUCAUAGUCAUUACUGUGCAAUGACAUCCUGCUCUCCACACCUUUUUUGAAUUUGUCUACACUGUUUGUACGAUGUGUUCUCUCUGCAUCCAUUGCAGCCUGGUCAUCCUGGAUAAGGGACCUUCCCAUCUGUGGUCUCUUUUCAAGGUUUCUCAUUUCCCCUAGCUGGAGUUUUGAGUUUUUCCUUGCCCAUUUGGGAGUUUAAGAUCAGGGGAUGUUUGAGAAUAUUUGCCAUUUUUCACAUGUCCUGAGUGUUGUUAGUCACCUAAAUGUUGAACAGAGGGUGUGAUUUACCGAAGUCAAAUUCCUUGUUUGGCACGCUCAAACAUGGCGAAUAAAAAACUCUUGAAUCUUGAUUGGUCAUCACUCACCCUUGUCCGCUACAUACUCUCUCAUGUUUUCCUGCUCCGCCCUAAAGGAGUUUUUGUGGACUUUUCUCCAUCUUAUUUUUCUGCUCACUGGUAAUGGUUCGUAAAACUAAAGGAUGUAUUUCUAAGCUUGCUGCUGUCUCUCUGAUUUGGAUGUUUUUGAAGUCGGAAAAUAGGCACUCUGAUAUUUUAAUGAAUGAAUCCUUCAUUUACUCUGUGAACGGUUUUCCGCGUUUUAUUAUUUCCCGGGCUGCAACAAAACUUGCAGCAGUAGUAGAGUUUGGAGAUGCAAUCCACUUCUUGAAACUGUUUUUUCGGUCCUCAAAUUUCUCCACCAGCACUGCAAUUGCACCUUUCCUCUCAGUUGCAACUAGGUGAUCGGCAACAAAUUUAGCAUGCUUUAGCUGAAAAUGUCGCUCCAAAUUCGUCUUUUUGUUAUAUGACAACUUCUCAUUGCAAAUCAAACAUGCAGGCAAUGCUUCAGCAUUGGCAAUGAAAGCAAAUAGUUCAGUCUAUUCUUUCUUAUAUCAUCUGUUCUCAUCACUCACACACCUGUUUGUUUACAACUCACCAGUUCUGUGUCAAUUUUAUAAAAAUUAAAAUUGACUGACGCAAACGUGAGUUCAUGUUUUUAUUGAAAACAACAUAGUGCUGACGCCGUACGACAUGGGUUUUUCGCUUUCCAAAUAAGGGGUCGUCACUAAUUAUUUGUGUUUAGAUAAAUGUCUGAGCUAUAAUGGUGUAAUUAAUGAUUAAAACUUGAAAGUAUCUGUUUAUUGUAUUCGUUUAUAUGUUUAAUAAAGACAAAGCCAUCACAAAACUGUUGUAAUUAUUUAGAUUUUGAUCUAAAUUAGCCUUGAAUAAAGACUAAG